GGUAGUAACCGUUUACAAGCAGCCAAUGGGAUCGGCGGCAGGGUGGGAUCUGCGGGGUCUGGGUCUCGGACGGAGAAAUUUACAACUCGGAGCGAAGCAGAGUGGGAGUGUGUGCGUUUCAGAGGCUGCAGAGAAACUACUGCUGCGCUCCUGGGUCUCCGGUGUAGAGGUUGGGACGCGUUUGUAGGUCAGUUCUUGGGGUCUAAUCAUCUCUCUCCCCCCCGCCCCACUCACCCCUCCUCCUCCGGCCCCUUGCCCACAACUCCCACGCCCCGCGGCGUUUUCUUCUCAAACUUUGAGGCAUGGUUGCCGGAGAGAGCGCCGAGUCCAGCGAUGCCGAGACGGGGAUGGGCGGCUCUCCUCCCCGGCUGGGUCUGCGGACCGAACCGGCUUGGUGCAAGACUCCGAGCGGUCACAUCAAGCGGCCGAUGAACGCGUUCAUGGUGUGGUCCCAGAUCGAGAGGAGGAAGAUCAUGGAGCAGUCGCCAGACAUGCACAACGCGGAGAUCUCCAAGCGCCUGGGAAAGCGCUGGAAAGCCCUGGACGACGGCGAGAAGAUCCCAUUUAUCCGAGAGGCGGAGAGACUCCGGCUUAAACACAUGGCCGAUUAUCCGGACUACAAAUAUCGACCCAGGAAGAAAGGCAAGGGAAGCGCCAUCGCCAAGAUGCUGAGCAGGAAGGUGGCAUCGGCGAGGAAUGGCUUAGCCGGCAAAAAGCAGAGGGCCAGGGGUGCCAAGGGGGCGUGGAAGCCCAAGAGGAGCGGCGCCGUCCGGCCGCUGGCAGAGGACGUGGAGGAGAUCGACCCUGCCGGCGGGAUGAUGGAAAUCCGCCUCGCCCACCAGGGUCAACCGAGGAAACCACGGCCGCCCUGGGAAGGGGUCUUCGGCGAAGAUCCCGACUACUGCCUGGCAUCUGAGCUGCCCGGGGCUGACCCCGCGGUCGCCGACACCGUGAACGGGGAGCGACGGGACGUGAGGGCGUGCGAACGCCCCAGAGAAGCCGCCCGGUCCCCUUCGCCCACCUCCAGCAGAUCCGGCUCCUGCUCGCUCGCCUCGUCGUCCUCGUCCGACGAGGAGUUGGAAGACGAGAUCCUGAACAUUAUCGCCAGCGCCAACUUUGAGAGCUUGCCCCUGGACACACUGGACUCUCUGUCGCUGGACAGGGACGCGGACGGUUCCCUCACGAACUCAGCAUCACACUUCGAGUUCCCGGACUACUGUACUCCAGAAGUUAACGAGAUGAUUUCUGGAGACUGGCUUGUCUCCAGCGUUUCGGAUCUGGUAUUUACCUACUAAAUGUCUCUACGGAGAUUUUUAAAAAAAUAAUUUUGCCUUUUUAAAAGAACAUAAUCCCUCUUAAAACUCACACAAAGCAAAAAAUAAGAUUUAAACCAGCAAUUUCAACGUGCAUUUUUCUAGAUUUUUGAAUCGCAUUUUCCUGGAUUUUUAAAAACAUGUUUAAAUCAAAUCGCCUCUAAAUAACCCCGCCCUUAUCCCGGAGUAAAUCAAAUUGAUGCAUUUUUUAAAUAUUCUCUACCUUUUUUUUGUCCACUAUACAAUAACGCCAGUGCCGUGAUCGGGAUAUCGAUAAUGCACACACCUGCCUUUUAUAGUUGGGCGGUAAUUUUUGUUUGUGUGUGUAUGUGAUAUGUAACUCUUAGCUUUGAAUGCCGGUCAACAGUUCCAAGGGAGAGAAACAGUUUUACGAAGAACCGUGUGUUUUCGUGGUUUCACGGCGGAUUUUUUAAACAGUUUUUUUUAAACUGUGGGUUUAAUAAUUUUUUUACACACAAAAAAAUCUGGAAUACUCAGGACAAUUUGCACACGUGGGGAAACGAGGACUGACAGCGAGAUCCGUCGCUUUGCAAGUUCAAACCGCGGCUUGCAGUGCUUUGCGAGCCAGUGGGCUGGGCACUUUCUUUGAACCUGACCGUCUCCUGGGAAUCUGGGUUUGAGAUAACAUGCAUGUCGUGUUUGAGGCCAGCUCGCAGCUGCCUUGAUAGUGUUCCGGCGUGGAGAGACUUUCAAUUUGCCAGCUGGUUGGAUUGACAAUCUUGUCUCGGAGCGCGGAGAACCCCGCUGGGUCCUAGCGAGCUCUGUGCCCUCGCCGAUCAAACCCUGAUGGGACAAGGGCGACGAGAGAGGAGAGUGGAGGAGUGUCUUUAACAUACAUUUUUUAAAAAAAAAUCACAGUUCUUUCUUUUAAAAGAGUUUGUUUUUAGAAACCGUCUUUGUGCUAUUGACGCGUUCUAUUAGCACAAACCAUCCACGUUUCGACUGACUUGUCAUUUCACCGUUCUCUUGUGUAUAUUGUACCUUCGCUGUGUCCGUUGCAUUAUGCCUCGGAUCAGGAAAGCCGGGGGGAGGUUUCAUAUGAGAACCAUGGGCCACUGGGGGCAGACAGAGAGAUGGAGCCAGAGUCAGAUUCAAAGCACCAAAGGUGUGGGCAUAGGUCUUACAGCGUCCAGCGCAGCUUAAUCUCCUGGGUCCCUGGGUGGGCUUGGGCACACGGUACGGCUGGUCUAAUGAAAUCUUAUGGAAAGCCAAGAGAAUGAAAAGGACCAAUCUGGCGUCAAUAGAAGAGGUAGGCAUCCUGGGGAGGAGUGUGGAGGAGGGGUAAACGACAUCAUUGGUUGAAGGGGCAGAGGGGGAAGGGUUGAGAAGAGCAUUUUUUCCACCCAGACUGGAGGUGUGGAUCUCAAACUCCGUACCUGAAAGGGUGAUGAAGGCAGAAGCCUUCGCCUCAUUUAAACAGUGCAAGUGUUAAGUGUGCACUGACCCUGUGACCAGAGUGGACUUGCACUGGGCAUCUUCCAGAGGCAUUUGGGCUGAGUGGCUGGCUCCAGUAUCCUCAAUUGCGUGAAGUCUGCUUGAUACUUGAUUGGGAAGGUCAGGCUGAUGUGCAUGUUGGCAGGUGUGUUGGUCUACAAUUAAAGGGGUUUGCCAGAGGGUACAGGGGACCAUGCUGCCUGUAAUCAGAGUGGGGGGGGGGAGGCUGUCACAUUCUCACAGAUGGGGCCACAGGGACCUAAAGCAACAGAAGGAACUCACUCUCCUAGUCAGACAGCAUCUGUGGAGGGAAAAUUCAGUCCCUCGGGUUUCUGGUCAGUAACUCUCCCUCCUUGAAAUCCUGUCUGCAGAACCCUGUACCCUACAUUCCUAAUACUAAUUUUUACUUUUUUAAUGGGGAAAAAAAAGUACAAAGUAGUGAUUGAGCAUUGUGACAUGAAUUUCCCCACCCCCACAUUUAUCAUUCAAUUUGUCUAGGAUGUUUGAAGGCAAGAGAAUGGAGGCGAGAUUAAUUGGGGAAUUGUGUUUGUAGAUUUUAAUAUCUUGGUGUUAACGUUCUGACCGUGUUAUGCCACGCCUUGUUUGCCACUGUGCAUGUUUAGAAUGGAGGCAAAAGGGGGGAGGUGCAAUGAAUGGUCCCCAGUCAAUCGAGUGGUAAGCUUGAAUUUGAAUCUGAUAAUGCGAUACAGUUAACCCUUUGAGAACCUCAUUGAUUUGAAUGACCCUUAAGUUAACAAUCAAUUUACUGUGAAUAUGGAAUAUUUGUGAUUCCUCCAGUAUCUCUGCAACUGAGCUCCACAUGCAUAUGUCAAGUUUCAGAAUGGAAAUUGGAUUUAAUAUCACUAUCUUAUGUGGUGAAAGUUGUCUUGUGGCAGCAGUACAUUACAAUACAUAAUAAAAACUAUAAAUUGUAAUAAGAAAUGUAUAUAUAAAAUAAGUUGUGCAAAAAGAGCAAAAAAUAGAUUAAAAAUUGUUUAAUGUCAUUUUUCGGGACACAAGUGUAAAGGAGAAGAAAAUAAUUGUUCAAUCCAAUGCAGCACAAACAAAACACAGUAAGAUAAAGAACACAAUAAAUAAAUACAUAAUUUCCUUUUUAUAUACAUAGAUAUAUCAUAAGUGUCCAGGCAGUGACACUAGGCAUAAGGUGACUCUGAGAGGAAAUGAUAAAAUAGUGCUGAUGGAGGGGUGGUAGUUAGUGGGUGGAGGUAUAGAUCAGCCUCACUACUUGGGGGAAGUAACCGUUUUUUGAGUCUGGAGUUCCGACCUCCCUGUUGGAAGUGGCUACGUAGCAUCCAUGCCAUUUAGAUCUGUGCUCCGAGCUACUAAAGUGUCCAGGAUUGUGUGACGUCUUUGAGCAGCGGUUCCCAACCCAGAGUCCAUGGACCUGUGCUUAAUGACAUUGGUCCAUGGCGUUUUUUAAAAAAAGGGUUGGGAACCCCUGUCCUAAAGCUGUUUUGUGAGAUUUGUGUUACAACCUUCAACACUCAUGAUUUGGUGUUCUCAAAGAACGUAGAGACCAUUGAGAUUUCAGGAAAAAAAUUUCACAUAUUUGAUACAGUGGUAUAAUUCACUUACAGGAUGAGAAAGCCACUGCUAGGGUCCGCAAUUAAGUCUCAUCCCGAAGCUAACAAUGGUGUAUCUGGACUAAUACAUUGGUCAGACCAGCUGACAAUGGGAGAUUCCUUUUCAACAUAUAAUUCUGAAAACUUUUAAUUUGAGCUACAAUGUAUGGAGACACCCUGCCCGCCAACCCCUGAUUUAACCCAAGCCCAUUAACCUACUGACUGGUAUGGCUUUGGACCGCAGCACCCAGGAGGAAAUCCAAGCAGUCACGGGGAGAACGUACAAACUCCUUACAGGCAGCGACAGGAAUUGAACCCGGGUUGCUGGUACUGUAAAGCAUUCUGCCCUUAUCUAGAAUGACCUGCUGAGAAUUUCUAGAUACAAGAUUCGGCAGAUGCUGGAAAUUCAAACAACACACACUAAAUGCUGGUGGAACACAGCAGGCCAGGCAGCAUCUACAGGAGAAGUACUGUUGACGUUUCGGGCUGAGACCCUUCGUCAGGACUAACUGAAAGGAGGAGAUACUAAGAGAUUUGAAAGCAGGAGGGGGAGGGGGAAAUGCGAAAUGAUAGGAGAAGACCGGAGAGGGUGGGAUGAAGCUAAGAGCAGGAAAGGUGAUUUCUUUCUUUCUCCCGAGAGCUCCCGUCCCAUGAUCCUUUCCCUUCUCCAGCUCUGUAUAGCUUUCGCCAAUCACCUUUCCAGCACUUAGCUUCAUCCCACCCCCUAUACAAAUCUGAAUUAACAGGUGAAAAUUCUCAAUAACACAUACAAAAUGUUAGAGGAACAUAACAGGCCUAACAUCAAGGCCUGACAAGUUGACUCUUUAUUCCCCUCCAUAGAUGGUGCCUGAUCUGUUGAGUUCCUCUAGCAUUUUGUAUGUGUUACCCUGAGAAUUUCUAAUAUUUUUCUGUUAAUUCUGAUUUCUUUCUCUAAAGAAGGGUGUAACUGACUCAAAUUAUUUUUGCAAAGUCCCAGUGGUUUUGUGGUUAUCAGUAUGGUGUUGGUUUAUUUUGUUAAUUAACUGAAUUUAAAUGCCCCAGGGCAAUGGUCCAGCUUUUCUCCCCCACCUGUUCAGCAGAGUAACCACUGUGCCAUUGUGGGGAGAAAAUGAAAAUGCUACAACCUGCUGAAUGGCCUAACUGUUAAUCAGUGGAUCGAGGAGUGUGUGUAUUUCAGAUUGAGGCUUGCACCAUCCUGAUGUCGAGUCUGGACCUGAAACAUCACUGAUUCCUAAUCCCCCACAGAUGCUGCUCGACAUGCUGAGUUCCUAGGCAUUUUGUGUGCUGGUCAGUGUUCCACUGAAUGUUGGAAACAGCAGAUCACGCAGUGAGAGUAACAGACUCCAUAUUGGCAGUCUGUUUCUCUUUCCGCAGAUGCUGCCUGACCUACUGUGUCUUUCUAAUAUCCCCUGUUUUUAAUUUUUUACAAUGUUUUUUGACUUUGAACCCUGGUUACUGACUGCCAGCCUAUUGAUGGAUUCGACAGAGUUCCAGCUGGACAAUGGAACUUCAGAACAGUUGGCAAAGAUACUGGAUCAGCACACACAGAUACUGCUGUGGGAACUGCGAGCGGUUUCACACUCCGGGCAGUGCCAGCCUCUCAUGGUUCCUGAGCAGAUCCUAUGCAGUCAGGAAGGCUCACCAAUGUUUCUACUUUCUGAGGAGGCUGAAGGGAGCUGGACUUUGCACAUUCUGUAGAGAGCGUCUUAACAAGUUGCAUGGUAUAGAAGCUGCCUUCCAGAAGACAGUAGUCAAAACUGCCCAACACAUCACUGGCACCAGCCUACACGCCAUCAAGGGCAUAUACACAGAAAGGUGCUGAGAAAAGGCCAGAAAUAUCAUGAAGGAUCCCACCCACCUUGCUCAUGGACUGUUUGACUGUUUGUCCCACUCACUUUAGGGAUGAGGCUACGAAACAUCUACGCCAGAACCACUAGACUCAACAGCAUUCACUUACCCCAAGCGGUAAGGCUGAUCAGCACCUCCAACCACAAACCCACCCCUCCUCACCCUUCUUCUCCCCCCGCUCCCCCCACCAACCACCACUACCUCGUCAUUUCCUGUUAGAGUCACCUUAACAACUCACAAAAUGCUGGAGGAACUCAGCAGGCCAGGCAUCUCUUGUGGAAAAGAGUAAACAGUCCACGCUGCCUGGCCUGCUGAGUUCCUCCAGCAUUUUGAGAGUUGCUCGGAUUUCCAGCAUCUGCAGAUUUUCUCUUGUUUGUCAGUCGCCUUAUGUACAGACAUUCCUGUGCCUAGUGUCACUUUAGACAUAUAAUCAGUCUUUGUACAGUAUAUAAUCUAUCUUGUGCAUUUUUAUUUAUUGUGUCUUAUUAUUAUUGGUUUUUUUUGUGGUACAAUUAUAGAGUAACAAUCUCUGUAACAGAGUAACAAUUAUUGUUUUCCUUUACACUUGUGUACAGGAAAUGACAGUAAAGAAUCAUGAAUAAAAAACAAAUCUCACAUUGACUGAGUAAAACAUUGUGCGUUUGAGUUUAGGAAAAACAAUCCUUCUGGACCAGGAACUCGUUUCAAAAGAAUGAGUGAUUUUUUUUGUGCCGAGGGGUUGCUGCCAAGAGAUGUUCAGCAAUCGAAGGGUUAAUGUGAGAUCGGGCUGGGGAACCAAAACUACCUCCUCCAGUCUCCAUGUGCAUUGAGAGAUAGUAAGGACAUUGUAGUCAGUGUAGAUGAACAGAAAGUGAGUUAAUGAUAGUGCAUUAUUGUAAAUAUUUGUCAUAGAUUUAUUUUCAGAGAUUUAUAACUGUAUAAUUGGUUAAAUUAUUAAAAUUCUGCCAUUUUCUGUUGUCUGUGUAAAGAAUGUUUUAAUUAUGGAAAUUAAGUAAUUAAUAUUAAAAUGUUUACAUCCUUUGUCA